AUGAUUUCGUCGUCAUCAACUUCAGCUCUUCAAAUCUAUCAUCAAGAGAUUUUCUCAUCAUCCAAUCGUGUUGAAUUAGCAAGUUCAGAUCAUCAGACCAGUCACACCAGCUCUCUCCUCUACAACCUGUCCGUUCUGAAAGCCAAGGUUGAUCAGGUGCAUUCACUGGUUAGCAUCCUUGUCUUUCCAGAUGGAAACCACCUGCAGCAUCAGCUCAAGAUGGUAACCGAGUCAACCUCCAUAGCCAUAGCCACCAUGGGAACUCUGCUUCAAGAAAUCAUUGCAACUGCAUCUUCAAUUAUGUUCACCUGCCAACAAAUGGGUCCUUCUGCUAUUUCAGCUGGUAACAAUAACAAUACUACCUCAAAUGAUCAUGGUCAAUUAAUCAACCACCAGGUUAGUAACAAGGCUCCUGAUGAUCAUGAAGGUGGAUUAUCAUCUCAAAUAUCAGACCAUUUUCAUCUAGGUAAAAGUAAUAAACGGGUCCAAGGCUAUUACUCUAACGAUCAUCAUGCUGAUCAUCUUCAGUGGUACAGUGGGAACAAUCUUUGUUUGGCUGACGAGGUCAAACGUUAUUUGAAAGAAGAGGAAAAUAAUUAUGAACAGUCAACAAACAAAUGCUACGACAUAAUCGAAUGUUACCCUGAUUUACUAGCAAAAUACACACAUUACUGUCAAGUUUGUGGGAAAGGAUUCAAGCGAGAUGCAAACUUGAGAAUGCACAUGAGAGCUCACGGAGAUGAGUACAAGACUACUGCAGCCUUGACCAACCCUAUGAAGCAUAUUAAUGACGUUAAUGCAGUGAAAAAGAUAUCAAUGCCCAGAAAAUACUCUUGUCCUCAACAAGGUUGCAGGUGGAACCAGAAGCAUGUCAAGUUCCAGCCAUUGAAAUCGAUAAUUUGUGUGAAGAAUCAUUACAAGAGGAGUCAUUGUCCAAAAAUGUACGUCUGCAAGAGGUGCAACAGGAAGCAGUUCUCCGUGCUGUCGGAUCUGAGGACUCAUGAGAAGCACUGUGGUGAUCUCAAAUGGCAGUGUUCUUGUGGCACCACAUUUUCCAGGAAAGAUAAGUUGAUGGGUCAUGUUGCUUUGUUUCUCGGACAUGAACCAGCUAACAUUAGUGCCCUUGCAAAGACAGGGAAAGUGGAACAGCAAGCCACCCAGAUGGAACUACAUCAAAGUUAA